AUGUCUGUGUCUGUGUCUCUGUGGUGUGAGGAGGAAGUCCGAGGCCAGCAAGGUCAGGGAGCCCAGCAGGGCCAGGCCAGGGGCCAGUCACAGCUCCGGGCCCCCUGGGACCCCAGUGUGUCUGGGCAGCGGAUCAUCCAGAGGCUGCUACAGGUGGAGGAGAGAUAUCUGCCCUCCGCCCUCUACGUCGCCCUCAUUCAGAGAGAGCCGGAGCGCAGAGAGGAGCUAGCCAAGUGGGCUAUGGAAGUAUGCUGUGAAUGUGGCUGUGACGAAACAGUGUUUCCCCUGUCUGUCUCUAUGUUGGACCGCUUCCUGUCUGCCUCCCUGUCUCUCCCUGUCUCACCCUACUGCCUGGCUGCAGCCUGCAUCCUCAUCGCCUCCAAACUAACAGAAUGUGACACAAUCUCUGCUGACUCUCUUUGUGCUGCAGCUGAGUACAGCUUCCUGCCCUCCAACAUACGGGAGAUGGAACGUGUCAUCCUUGCAACUCUUCGAUGGGACGUUGCUGCGGUAACCGCUCAGGACUUCAUUCCACAUUUCCUUCCCCCUGUAGGGGAGAGGAAGGAUGGAAAGGCAGACACAGAGGAGUUAUUCUCCACACUGCGUCGGCAUAGUGACACCCUGGUUGCCAUGUGUGUCUGUGACUACCGUUUCCUGGGAGCCCCUCCAUCCCUGGUUGCUGCGGCAGCGCUGAACUCUGCCCUUCGGGGUUUGGGCAACGAGGGUCUAGAUCAUCUGGGUCAUAUGAGUGCUACACUGGCAGAACUGUGUCAGACUGACCUGAUGGUGUUGCAGUGUUACAGUGAAUUGAUAGAAGCUGCCCUCAAACAACGGCUCAGAGGUGGACUCCAAGACAGUGCCAUGGAGAAGGAUGGAGAAAUAGAGGAUGAAAGAGCAGGCACUCCUACUGAUAUGAGAGAGAUUGAUUUCUAAACAUUAAAUUGUGUAAGGCAAAGUGCGAAUCAAUCAAAGUCCUGCAUGUAGCUCAUCAGUGAAACUGAUAUAAGCUCUUUAUGACCUCAAAUGCUCUACAAUUUAUUAUAUUUUGAAAUGACUUUAAUUUAUUAUUGUUUAUUUAUUCAUUGUGUUUCUU